GCAUUGGUUCUCAGGCUUAUACACUAUCCAAAAUCAUCCAAACCGACUUAACCAAAAUAAAUGGACAGCAUUCAAUCUGUAUUGGGUUUAAAUAAUCUACCAGAGUUUCCCCUGAUCACUUUUCCACCUGUGUUUGAACCUACCGAGCACCCAACGGUUGCUGUUUUGUAUGUGCUUCCAGCAUCCAAAGAGCAUUUUACAUCUCAGGACUAUCAGUGUCUAAAAUAUCAAACAUAUCUCAAGUUUGCAAAGUAUCCUCAUACGAUUAAAGAACAUACCGAGCAUAGUUUUUCUCCAUCAGGUAAACUUCCUGCACUUCUCACUAGCAGCGGUCGUUUGCUAAGCGGUUGUGAAAUUAUUUCCGAAGUUAAAUCAAAGAACGGUCUAGAAUCAAAUGCUUCAGCAGAGGACAAGGCAAAAAUGGAUGCCUUUGAUUCAUUGAUUGAAUCCCAUUUGAGCUUUGGUUUAGAUUAUGAGCUUUGGUACGAAUCAAGUCAUUUUGAAAACAUCAUUGCACCAAUCAUAGGUGCGUAUUAUCCAUGGCCACUCAACUUUAUCUUGCCUCGCAUUCAACGAUCACAAAAAAUUGCAUGGAUGCUAAGCAGAAAACCAGUAUUAAAAGCAGAAGAGAUUUAUGGGGAGACUAACCAAGCGCUUGGAAACCUUGAAUUGGUUCUUGAAAAUGGACCGUAUCUGUUCGGAGCCACCCCAACCUUGGUCGAUGCCUCCUUGUUUGCCUAUCUGCAUAUAGUCAUGACAAUGCUGAAACACUCAUCCAUGGAAAGCCAACUCACAAAGUAUGUGCUGGAUCGCAAGAACCUUGUCAAGUAUUUACACCAAAUCCGGAACGAAUGGUAUGGAAGCUACAACGAAAAUUCCCUCUAGCAAGUCAUUUUUCUUAAUCGUGCUAUUAAAUGAUUUUUUUCGCACAUAUAUCUGGUUGAACAGACAUGUUUACAACUCAUGUCAGUUUGAGUCUCGUGAAAAAUUAUAUAAAUGAAGACGAGUUUUAU